GAAAUCAGUGGUAUAGGUAGACCGAGCUUGGUUCUCGCCUCAAGCAGACCUGCUACUCACUCAGCCGAGAAUGGCUGUUGUGAUCUUAAUCUGAUGCAGCUGAAAGGGAGACGUAAAUAUCCUUGAAGCAGUCGUCCAGUAUAUAUAGGGAGGGAGCAAUCUUUGGAGGAGGAAGGAGGAAGUCCAGUCAGUCCGGUUCCGUCUUACUCCUUCGCACCCCUUCUUACUCAACUAUUCACAACUAUCAACCACGAAAGGCUCUUUCACUUACAGAUGAAGGUGGUGACGAUAUGCAUGCUGGCGGCAGCCCUAAUGGUAGGCGCCACUGGUAACCUGCCGCCCCCCGAGAGGUCAUACAAGAUCCUCAUGCUUCUUCCUGCUUCCUCAAAAAGUCACAAGAAUGUGUUCAUGGCCUUGGCAGAGGCUCUCGCAGACCGUGGACACAAGAUUGUGAUGCUCACUAGUCUGCCGUCAUCGUCCAAAAACCAAAACAUCACAGAAAUAAAAUACGAACUACCACACUUCAGUUUAAAGAGCUCGUUCGAGAGGCGUAACGAUGGAAUUGGUGGUUUAGGAUUGUUCAAAAAUAUUCUGCCCGCCAUAGCUCGGGAACUGUACAAGGUGCCAGCGGUUAAGCAGCUGUAUGAGAAGAGGAAAGAUUUUGACCUCAUUGCCGUCGAUCAUCUUUUCAAUGAGCUCGCGUACCCGUUUGUGCACGAGGUUCCGUUCAUCACUAUCGCCACCCCUGGGAUGGACUCCCGCCAAAGUGCCGUCCUCGGCAACGCACUCAACCCGUCCUAUGCAGCCUACCUUCUCAUGAGCUACCCCUUCCCCAUGACUAUGUGGCAGCGGAUCAAAAACACAGCCAUGCACAUCUUUUUCGCUUUCUAUUGGAGGAAUUGGGCUGUUGUUCCCCAAGUGCAAAAAGAGAUCUCAGCUCAGUUCCCGGAUCUGCCGCCGCUGCUGGAGAUCGAGAGAAAUCAAAGCCUAUCACUGCUGAACACUCACUUCAGCAUCUCGACCAUGGUGCCACUGUUGCCCUCACAGGUAGAGGUGGGCGCCAUGCACUGCCGCCCAGCAAAACCCCUGCCAGAGGACAUGGAGUCGUGGAUCGCAGGGGCGGGCACUGAGGGCGUCAUUUACUUCAGUCUUGGCACUGUCGUACGCGGUGAAACCAUGCCGCCGGAGUACCGCCAAGCCUUCCUAGAGGCAUUCCGUAGACUGCCGCAGCGAGUCCUCUGGAAGUACGAGGGAGAGCUGGAGGGCGCGUCAGAUAAUGUCAUGAUCAGCAGCUGGCUGCCCCAGCAGGACAUCCUCGCUCACAACAACGUGAAGGUGUUCAUCUCCCACGGUGGCCUUCUCAGCCUUCAGGAGUCCAUCUUCCACGCCACGCCACUCCUCGUCCUCCCCGUUUUCGGUGACCAGCCAAGGAAUGCCAUGUAUGUGGAAAGCUCGGGUCUGGGUCACAUGAUGGAGUGGGAGGAACUUACUGCUGACAGGAUCAUCGACGCCCUCACGGAUAUUAUAACCAAUUCAAGGUAUAAAGAGACCGUGUCGGCAAUGUCGGCGUCCUUGAGGGAUCAGCUAACAACGCCGCAGGAGCGCGCCGUCUUCUGGACGGAGUACGUGAUACGCCAUCGAGGGGCGCCGCAGCUGAGGUUCCCGGCCACCCAGCUGUCCUGGGUGGAGUUCCUGCUUCUGGACGUGGUGGGCCUCCUGCUGCUGGCCCUACUGAUGCUGUUGCUGCUCCUGCGUCGUCUACUUGGGGCAGUCUUUGGCAGUGUCUUCAGAGGCUACAUGAAGAAAAAGAGAGAGUGACAAGUGGCAAAGUGGGGCUUGUUUGAACGUGAUGGUUUAUAUUAGAGAAACUGUAAUAACAGUGAAAAAAUCAGGUUAUGAACACCACUGAUUGCCAUGGCUCGAACCCGGGCCUUUUGAGUAGAAGUCUGGGCAGUAUACCGACCGCCCUACCUAUGAGCUAAAAGGUCACCGCGCCAGAGGCCGCAAAAGUGGCCUCUGGAGCGGUGACCUUUUAGCUCAUCGGUGGCGUGGUCGGUAUGCUGCCCAGGCUUCUACUCAAAAGGCCCGGGUUCGAUCCCCGGCACUCAGUGGUGUUUAUUACGGGUGAUGGUUCAUAACAGGGGUACUCAACUAUUAUAAGUAAAGGUCCAGUUAGACAAGUUCAAAUGUAUGCAGAGGUCCGGAUACGUAUUGUAGUUGAACCCCAGGCUUCAGAAAUAGAAAAAUAUAAUUAAAUAAUAUGAAGGUCCUGGCGAUGGAUUCUUGUAAGUGUAUUUCCUAGACUGACUAUUGGCCCUAUAGUCAGUCCAGGAAAUAUACUUGCUAGAAUCCUUCGCCAGGACUUUCAUGUUAUUUAAUAUUUUUCUACUCCUGGAGUCUGGGGUCCACAUACAGCAUUCAGGUCGCCAGUCGAGUAGCCCUGGUUUAUAACAACAUUAUGUGGUACAGUAAUGAAUUGGGGAGAGAAAUGAACUGCCUUGGCUUACCGUAUGUAAAUUACUCAUUUCACACAAUAAUGCUUUCUGUGAAACUGUUGUUAACUACCACCAGCCGUCGGUGGGCAGCCAUACGUAUAUUUCGUUAGAAUUGUGUGUCGGCAUGGACGCAUGUCAGUGUUGUGCUAUUUUUCUAAGGACCAAAUUAUUUUCAAGUUUUUUUAUGAGUGAAGUGUCUUACAUUGGUGAAUAUAGCAAAUGUGUUUCAUAAAACCCACGAAUCUCUCUCUCUCUCUCUCUCUCUCUCUCUCUCUCUCUCUCUCUCUCUCUCUCUCUCUCUCUUAUUAAACAAGACAACAGAGGUAUAACACCUAUUAGAAGGACGUGGAGUUUCAUGAGCUUAAGGUGACCUCUUCCUUGAGGGCACCUUUUUCAAAGCUUACUCUAGAGACAGAAACAUUUUUAGUUUGUGUCUGUGACUCCCCUUUAUGUUCACAUUGUUUGUGGUCACUGCCAGUAUAGGCGACACCAAAGGUGGGCAAAGGUCAUUACGUC